AUAAUUAUUUAAUAUAGAGGUUUAGGGUUUAUCGAGGGUUUUAGGGAAUUUACAGAACAUCUGUUUUCGGUUUCGCAGUAUCAAGCAAUGGCGCGAUUCCAAGGCCACCGUCUCGCCCACCGCUCCCUCUCUUGCUUUCUUCUCCGCUACUCGCAUUCACAUUUGUGUGAUUCGCUCUUGGAUGGCGCGUGCAGAAGUUUCAGCACCUCGCGGUCCUAUCAAUCCAGUGUUCUUUCAAAUUCCAAAUCAGGAAAUGUGGGCAGCGAGAAUUAUUGGCUGAAGCUGCUAUUUUUCAAUAAUAAUUUGGGUGCUGCGAGAUCAAUUCACAGCACUGCUCAAUUGUCUAGAGAUUAUUAUGAUUUACUUGGAGUUAGUAAAAGUGCAACUGCUCCAGAAAUCAAGAAAGCUUAUUAUGGGCUUGCAAAGAAGUUACAUCCAGAUACAAAUAAGGAUGAUCUGGAAGCUGAAAAGAAAUUCCAAGAAGUUCAGAAAGCAUAUGAGGUCUUGAAAGAUGAAGUAAAGCGGCAGCAAUAUGAUCAGCUUGGGCUUGAAGCUUUUGAACAUGCUGGUAAUGGUGAAGGUCCUGGGUUCGAUCCAUUUGGAGAUUCUUUCCAUGAUAUAUUCAAAAACUCUGAUAUUUUCAACAUCUUCAAUAGGGACAUGGGUGGCGAGGACGUGAAGGCUUCGAUUGAACUUUCCUUUAUGGAAGCCGUCCAGGGUUGCACCAAAACAAUGUCAAUCAUGACGGAUUUGGGUUGCAAUACUUGUGGUGGAACUGGUGUUCCUCCAGGUAACAAGCCACAAACUUGUAAACGCUGUAGAGGUUCUGGCAUGGUUGUAUCUCAAGCUGGGCAUGUAAUACUACAAUCUACUUGUCCAAACUGUGGAGGAACUGGAAAAAUUGUAUCGAGCUUAUGCAAAUCUUGCAAGGGUAGGCGGGUAGUCAGAGGCACAAAAACUGUGAAGUUGAAUGUCAUGGCAGGGGUGGGCCAUGAUGAGACUAUUAAGAUGCCGAGAAAUGGGGGAGUGGAUCCUGACGGAAAUCAGCAUGGUGAUCUUUAUGUUAAGAUCAAGGUCAGAGAAGACCCAGUAUUUCGUAGAGAAGGUGCCGAUAUCCAUGUUGAUGCAACAUUGAGCAUCACUCAGGCAAUUUUGGGAGGAAUGAUUAGGGUGCCAACUCUGACUGGAGAAGUUGUUGUAAAGGUACGCCCUGGCACUCAACCUGGACAGAAGGUUGUUUUGAAGAAAAAAGGGAUCAAAGUAAGAAACUCGUUUUCCCUUGGAGAUGAAUACGUCCACUUUAAAGUUAGCAUUCCAACAAACUUGACCGAAAGGCAACGUCAAUUGGUGGAGGAGCUUGCUAAGGAAGAGCGAGGGAAAGAUGAUAAAGAAGACGAAGAUGAUAAAGAAGAGGCAGUCGUUGCAAGUGCUUGAGUUGUAUUUUGUAUUUGUUGAGAGAAAAAGAAACUACAGAGCCUCGUCAGUUGUGGAGGUGCAAUUGUUUUUUAAUUGAAAAGCUUAUAUAUAUAUAGGUUAGUGAUCAAGAUAUAACUAAUACUAAGUGUAUAACUAGAGAACAAAUCUCAGCCACACAUCUUAAUAGAACAAAUAUUAUUUAUUUUAAUAAUAUAAAAUAGGCUAAGGGUAUUUUUGGAAAUCUAUUUAUGAAAUGCAUAAGAGGCAAUUUUGCUGAACUCCAUCAACAUGAUGACCCUCCAGCCACCGCCAUGGCCGGCCUCUCCGCCGCCUCCGCACAUGCGCCAGUUCUUCCCCUGAAGGCGGCAAGGUUUCUAAGAAAGCGAUCAAGUCUCCCCGCGCUAAGAGUAAGAAAGAGAGGUCUCCGCCGCCGGCGGCGGAGUCGGAGGCGAAGGAAGGAUCUGCAGCUGCGGUUGAUCGAGAAUGAGAGAUGAGCAACACUUCUCCGAAGCUCGGGAGCUUCUACGAGUUCUUCUCUCUGUCUCACCUCACGCCUCAUCUUCAAUGUAAUCUUAUUUCCUUUUCAUUUAUUUUAUUUUAAACUUUGCUGCUGCUGCGUUGUGAUCUUGUU